UGAAUGACACGCUUGCAUCAUGACCGUGGAGGAUGUUGUCCACGUUCCCGCGAGCUGCUGAGUGGGCGGCGCCACAUUUCUGCAGUGCUUUUUGUUGGCGAGGAGGAGGAGGAGGAGGAGGAUGAAGAUGUGCAAGAUGGCAGCAGAGUUGUGCAAGAUGAAGAUGUGCAAGAUGGCAGCAGACUUCUGCAAGAUGAAGGAUGACGUGUUGCGGUGCAAUUUGUGAAUGAGCUCGAGACCCCCAGCCUGCACGGUGAUGAGGACCACCGGGGGGCGGACGAUGCUCGGUGCUCUGCUGGCAUGCCGCGCGGCGCUUGAUGGAAUGCGAGCCGAGUGACGCCGACAAUGGCCGAGGAGGAGGACGAGGCGCCGCCGAGCGUGGACAUCGACCCGGACUUCGAGCCCCAGAAGCGGCCGCGCUCGUGCACUUGGCCGCUGCCGCGUCCGGACUGUGGCGCGGGGAAAGCGGGGGCGAAUGACGUCAUCCCGGAGGAAGAGGAUGACGAGGAGGGAGGCGGCGCGGGGAGUGGCGAGACCCCGCGGGGGGACGACGGCGCGCUCGCCCCGCGGCCGCCGGAGCUCCGGGGCGACGAGGCCGGGGAGGGCUCGCCUUCCUCGGCUCAGCUCGCACCGGCGGCGGCGGCUCCGCAGCAGGCGAGGAAGUGUUCAGCCCGCAGGAACGCGUGGGGGAAUUACUCGUACGCGGACCUGAUCACGCAGGCCAUCGAGUCUUCCCCCGACAGCAGACUGACGCUGUCCCAGAUCUACGACUGGAUGGUCCGCUCCGUGCCCUACUUCAAGGACAAGGGCGACAGCAACAGCUCGGCCGGGUGGAAGAAUUCCAUCCGGCACAAUCUGUCCCUCCACAGCCGCUUCGUCAAAGUCCAGAACGAAGGCACGGGCAAGAGCUCAUGGUGGAUGGUCAACCCGGACGGCGGCAAAGGGGGCAAAGCGCCGCGGCGCCGCGCCGUCUCCAUGGACAACAGUAAGUACAUCAAGGGCGCCCGGGGCCGCGCCACCAAGAAGAAGGCCUCGCUGCAGGCCGCCCAGGACGGCAGCUCCGAGAGCCUCUCCAAGUGGACGGGGAGUCCCACCUCCCGGAGCAGCGACGAACUGGACGCCUGGACCGACUUCCGCUCGCGGACCAACUCCAACGCCAGCACGCUGAGCGGCCGCUUGUCGCCCAUCCUGGCCAACUUGGAGCUGGACGAGGUCCCCGCCGACAGCUCCCCCCUGUCCCCCAUGUUGUACUCCAGCCCCAGCAGCAUGUCGCCGUCCACCGUGCCCGCCGGCCUCUCCGACCUGGCGGGGACCAUGAACCUCAACGACGGUCUGUCCGACAACCUGAUGGACAACCUUUUGGACAACAUCAGCCUGACGGCGGCGCAGCAGCCUCCUCCCAGCGAGGACGACAAAGGUCAGGGAAGCUCCGUGUUCACUUUCAGCUGCUCGGGAGGCGGACUGGGCAGUCCGGUGGGGAGCUACGGUCCCAAUCCUCUCUUCAGCCCGCCGUCCAUCACCAGCCUGCGCCAGUCGCCCAUGCAGACCAUCCAGGAGAACAAGCAGACCACCUUCUCCUGCGCCCCGCACUUCAGCAACCACCAGACCCUGCAGGACCUCCUCAGCCUGGACCACAGCGACGUCAUGCUCACGCAGUCCGACCCGCUCAUGUCGCAGGCCAGCGCCGCCAUCGCCCUGCAGAACUCCCGCCGCAACGCCCUCCUGCUGCGCAAAGACCACGGCGGUGCCGGCCAAGCCCAAAACCCGCCCGCUUGGCAAGCCAACAACGGCGAGGCCAAGCACCUGAAGUCCCCCGGGAAGAACCAGGACCGCUUUCCCGCCGACUUGGACCUGGAGGUCUUUAACGGAAGCCUGGAGUGCGACAUGGACUCCAUCAUCCGGAACGAGCUGAUGGAGGCCGACUGCUUGGACCUCAGCUUCGACGCCGCCCACAAUGCCAACAUCAACCCGGGGGGCUUCUCCGGCGCCAAACAGACGUCGGCGCAGAACUGGGUCCAAAGCUGAGAGCUCCGGACACGACAUGGACUCAACUAGUGGAAGUUUGUUUAUGUCCUCUUAUUUUCACAUCCGACCUGGUGGACUUUGAAGGCUGCGUUCACACUCGUACUCGGGUUUAGAUCUUUGAAGGACCCUGGUGGACUUUGAAGGCUGCGUUCACACCGUACUCGGUUUUAGGUCCAACUUUUGACUCACUGCGCACUUUGGUUGGUUGGUUUAGUCUUCGCUCUGGUAUUUUUGGCACGGCACCAAAACCUGUGCAGUAAGUACUUAGGAAGUAAGGACUGGACUGGAUUGAGGUACCAACCUAAUUCCGUUACUCACCUAAAAUCUAAUAUUUUGAUACCUUUGCUGCACGUCUGGAACUUGGCGUAUUUGUAGCAAACCGCCUGUAACUAAUAUUACAAUCGUGGUAGGAAACUCUCAGAAGUAAGGCUCCAUUAGCUCAAAGCUCAUUUACAUUGGAUAUCCCAUAUACACGCUAAUGAUUAGCAUUAGCGAUUUUACAUGGCGAUUUCAACGCCCCCAAAUUUGUCAAUGGAAAUCGUGAAGUAAGUGCAAUAUUUACGGUGUCAACACUUUUGCCGGGUUCAACGUAAGACAAGACGUAAUGGCAAAGACUACUUCCUGACUACGGCAACACACUUAGGACAGACUGAAAUGAAUGCGUACUUGCAAAUGACACUCAGAAGUGUACGGAAAUAAGAUAAAACUGGACUAGGGACGGGUAUGUAAGGACUGGACUGAAUCGAAGUACCGACCUAAUUUCCUUACUCACGUAAAAUCUAAUAUUUUGAUACCUUACGUCCGGUUGUAGAGUCGGAACUUGGCGUAUUUGUAGCAAACCGCCUGCAACUAACGUUACAAUCGUGGUAGAAAACGCUCAGAAGUAAGGCUCCAUUAGCUCAAAACUCAUUUACAUUGGAUAUCCCAUAUACACGCUAAUGAUUAGCAUUAGCGAUUUUACAUGGCAAUUCCAACGCCCCCAAAUUUGUCAAUGAAUACUGUGUAGUAAGUGUAAUAUUUACAGUAUAAACACUUUGUCGGGUUCAACAUAAGACAAAACGUAAUGGCAAAGACUACUUCCUGACUACGGCAACACACUUAGGACAGACUGAAAUGUAUGCGUACUUGCAAAUGAUACUCAGAAGCGUAGGAAAAUAAGCAAUAACUGGAGAAAUUCAGCAGUCGAUCCGUCAAAAUACAAAAAUAUGACGGGGACAGAAAAUAUGAUAUGACAUAAAACCGAUAA